GCAUCUCACGCGCGCAUCACAAGAAAUCAUGAAGCAAUUUCUCUGCUCUCAAAAGCAUCCUAUGAAAAGAAGAAGCAAUCUCCGCCAUGAAAUUCCACGUCUUUUCCUCCAUUUAUUUUCAUGCGUCCAAAACCUCUUUUUCUCCCUCUUUCAAAGCAUUAUAAAUACAUCUGAUGCCGCUUUGGAACACUUGUACAAUCCCAUUUUGAGACUGAUAGAGAAGAAGAAGAGAGACCAUGAGCGAGGUUGGCGAUUUCGCACGUACCCAAUCAUGUGAACAGGGUUUCUCACGUGGGAAAGAGAGUCAUGUAGAGGACGACGUCGACAUCGACGACGACGGACGUACACGUAGAACUGGGACUGUAUGGACUGCAAGCGCACAUAUCAUAACGGCAGUGAUAGGAUCCGGCGUGCUCUCAUUGGCAUGGGCAAUAGCUCAGCUUGGGUGGAUUGCAGGGCCCGCGACUCUCCUUAUUUUCGCCUUCAUUACUUUCUUCACUUCUACUCUCUUAGCAGAUUGUUACAGGUCUCCUGAUCCAGUCUUUGGGAAGAGAAAUUACACAUACAUGGAUGCUGUGAGAGCCAACUUAGGGGGAAUGAAAUUCUGGCUCUGUGGAUUCACUCAAUAUCUCACUCUUUCUGGCAUUGCGAUUGGCUACACGAUCACGGCAUCCAUAAGCAUGGCGGCCAUACAAAAGUCGAAUUGUUUCCAUAGAAGAGGUCAUGUGGCUUCCUGCAAGACCUCCAACAAUCCCUUCAUGAUCGGGUUCGGGAUCAUUGAAGUUUUCCUAUCUCAGAUCCCAAACUUCCACAAGCUUUGGUGGCUCUCCAUCGUUGCUGCAUUCAUGUCGUUCUCGUAUUCCUUAAUCGGGGUGGGCCUUGCCCUGGCCAGAGUAAUCUCAGGAAACACUGGAAAGACUUCUCUUACAGGAGUGGAUGUUGGGGUUGAUUUGUCUGAAGCUCAGAAAGUCUGGACAACAUUCCGCGCACUUGGAGAUAUUGCAUUUGCCUACUCAUAUUCUUUGAUCUUGAUUGAGAUUCAAGACACAUUGAAAUCUCCAGCAGAGAACAAGGCAAUGAAGAAAGCUAGCAUGGUUGGCGUGUCAACAACAACUGUGUUCUAUGUCUUGUGUGGCUGCAUUGGCUAUGCUGCAUUCGGUGACAAGGCGCCUGGGAACUUGCUGACCGGAUUUGGGUUCUAUGAGCCCUUCUGGUUGGUCGAUUUAGCUAAUGUGUGCAUUGUGGCGCACCUUGUCGGCGCAUUUCAGGUAUUCUGCCAACCAGUCUUCGCCCUAGUAGAAUCUUGGGCAGCCAAGAAAUGGCCAAACACAAAGUUCAUAACCCGCGAACACAUGAUCUUGAAAGGCUUCAAGUACAAAAUCAACUUCUUUCGGUUACUUUGGAGGACAUUUUUCGUGAUUGUAAUAACCGUCCUGGCGAUGUCGAUGCCUUUCUUCAACGACAUACUCGCACUCUUGGGUGCCAUUGGAUUUUGGCCGCUGACGGUCUAUUUUCCAGUGGAGAUGUACAUUGCACAAAACAAGAUCAGAAGCUUCACACCCAAAUGGAUAUUACUGCAGGUUCUAAGCUUGGUAUGCUUGUUCGUCUCUCUGGCAGCGGCUUGUGGCUCUAUACAAGGGGUGGUGGAGUCACUUCAUGUCUACAAACCUUUCAAGACCAAACAAUGAAAAAAAGGUAAGCUAGUUAUAGCAAGCAGGCCAUGAAGGUUGUAUAUGUGUUUGUUGUUGUUUCUAGGCACAAGGGCCAGUGGACCAUCUAUAAGCUGUUAGUUAAACUUCCUAAUGUGCAUCUUGGUUAAUCUAA